AUGGCGUCAAGGCAUUCACGCUGGUAUAACCUCCUUGUUGGAUUGCCGGACACCACGUCGGUGACCGUCGAGUGGGCCAUGUCGGAGCUCCUGAGGAUUCCCGACGCCCUGGCCACGGCCACCGAGGAGCUGGACCGCGUCAUCGGCCGCGGAUACCGGCGAGUUCCGGCCAGAGCGUUGUAA